UCUCCGGAUGGUUCAGUGGACACGGUGUUAGCGCAAGAUCACGGGGUGGAUUAUAGCAGAGCUCCCAAGCACAAAUCACCUUCAUUCAGCACAGCAAUGAAGCAAAGCGCACGGAUGCGCAAUACAUAGGCUAGAUAUUUCCUCAACUUUAUACGUGUGUUUCGUUUUUGGUGUCAUACAGACUGGACACGGAAAGUUUUUAUAUCUUUAGAGGAAACCCCGCGUGAACGGAGCGCGCUGCGCAUCACCGCUAUCAGCAUCAACUGAGUGCUGAAGAGAUCGGAUCUGCUUUCGGGCUGCUUCUGUUUCUUGUUUAUUUUUGGGCGAGGGACAAGUCCCCAUAAGAUUUCGGAGAAUGGUAAAUGAUCGAUGGAAAAUCAUGAACAGUGUUUCAGAACUCGAGGAUGGACAGCAGCACAAAUCGCAGAGGAUGAGCUGUAGCUAUCUCCUGUGCACCAUCCUGCUAUUUGUCGCCGUGUUACUGGCUGUCACGGUAACCGGCAUCAUUCUCUUGAUGAAUCAUUACCAAGCGCCCACCGGCCCCGACGGGCCCCCCCUCAUCAGCACCAACCAGGAUGAGGGUAAUGCCCUGGUAACCAUCGACAGGGGCGAUGGCUCUCGCAUCAACAUCUUCAUUGAUCCCAAUUGCCCCGACUACAACAAUAACUUCCUGCGUCUUGAGGGUGUACAGACCUCUCUUCUGCACUCGCUCACGGACCACGACACUGAUCUGAAGUCAGUAAAGGGCCAAGACCGCGCUCUGUUGGUUAAACUGGCAGAGGAGGUGGCCAAACUGUCCGCUCAUGCCAGCCAACUAAAAAUGGAGUACAACGCCCUCAGACAGGGUCAAGUUAACAUCGGUCAGGAGCUUAGUACUCUUCAGUCCGAACAGGGCAGGCUUAUCCAGCUGCUUUCGGAGAGUCAGAUCAACAUGGUGAAGGUGGUGAACUCGGUGAGCGAUGCGCUCAGCUCCAUGCAGAAGGAAACGGGCAACAUCAAGGGCCGUCUCAAGGCUGAUCUCCAGAGGGCUCCGGUGCGCAGUGUCCGGCCCAAGGGCUGCGCCAGCGGAGAGGGUUAUAGACCCAGGGAUUGCAGUGACAUCUAUGCUAGCGGGCAAAGAGAAGAUGGUAUCUACUCCGUCUUUCCCACACAUUACCCGGCAGGCUUUCAGGUGUACUGCGACAUGACUACUGAUGGAGGUGGAUGGACGGUGUUUCAACGGAGAGAAGAUGGCUCAGUGAAUUUUUUUCGCGACUGGGAAGCGUACCGUGAGGGAUUUGGCAAGAUAACAGGAGAACAUUGGCUGGGCAUGAAAAGGAUCCAUGCACUUACCAUUCAAGCCAACUAUGAGUUGAGGAUUGACCUGGAGGACUUUGAGAACAGCACAUCUUUUGCUCAGUAUGGAUCUUUUGGAGUGGGUUUGUUCUCAGUUGACCCGGAUGAGGAUGGCUACCCGCUGAGCAUCGCCGACUACUCCGGCACUGCGGGCGACUCGCUGCUCAAACACAACGGGAUGAAAUUUACAACCAAGGACAAAGACAACGAUCACUCGGAGAAUAACUGUGCGUCGUUCUACCACGGCGCCUGGUGGUACCGCAACUGCCACACCUCCAACCUCAACGGACAGUAUCUGCGCGGUCAACACACCUCUUACGCCGACGGGAUCGAGUGGUCAUCCUGGACCGGUUGGCAGUACUCUCUGAAGUUCACGGAGAUGAAGAUCAGGCCUACCAAUAAGGAGGAGAAUAAAUGAGCGAGUACUGAACUCAAAGAAGGCUGUAGAUGUAAAGAGACACUAAAUGCAGACUUUGUUUCUAUCCCUUUUUCCGCCCUCCCCAUCUCGUAGUGUUCGUGCCGAUGCCCAGAGGGCCGCUGUUUUCCUCUCGAUCCAUUGGUCGCAUCUCUGAAUAUUAUUAUUAAGAAGCAUUGCAGAUAUUGUCUGAAUGAAUAAAAAUAGCUAUUGUCUAUAAAAGGAAAGAAAAAAUCUGAAAAAAUGUCCUUAGCUAUGAAAUUUAGCAAGAACGUGUAGCUUUUCAUAACAAAGACUUAACUCCUCUCAUACAACCAGAUGGUAGGAGAGGUUCUCCUGUGUUAUUUUCACUUUGUGCUCGAAACAUUUACUCAUCCUCAUGAUGUUACUCAUCCCGGCUAUUCUUUUCAAUGCAAGAACACCAGACAUCUAUCAUAAAUGUGUCAAGGUUUCUCUUAAAUUUUAGUUUGGUUUUCCCAAAGACUCAUUUGGCUUGUGUUACGAAGCUUAACGUUUUUAAAGCAUCACUUUUUAGAAAUAGUCUUCAGAUUGACUGUUUUUGUGUUUUAUAACAGCAUGAGGGUUGAGUAUACUACUGUAAGAGAUUUGUCAUUUCUGGGUGAACUAAACCUUUGAUCAAAUACUCGUAGCUAAACAUAACAAGGAUGCAUUGGUGUUUUCGACCACUGCUUAAUAUCUGGGAGGUAAAAUAGGUUAUUGACCAGCAGGGAUACACAAAGAGAAUAUAUGUCACAGUGGGGGCUUUCAAACCGAUGAGCCAAUACAGACACAUUAUUCACUCUGACAGGUCGGUUGCAAGCGGAUGUGCCGGCCAUCGGAUGGUUUAUCAAUGGAGAAGCAGAACUUACAAAAAACACAAUAACGCCUUCUGUGUUAUUGUCAGGUAAUAGAGCAGAUGGAUUUCAUCUUAUGCUCUGGUUGGCACCCGUGGCGCAAUAGGUCAGACAGACCUGAGCUGUCAAAGAGACGGUUUUAAAGCUUGCGAACUGAAGUUGGGUUGGAUCUUUUAUGACUCUCACUGCUGUUUUGUGAAGCAAAAGUCAAGUCAUCCUGCUGGUCAUUUCACCGCCAAUGUAUGAUUCUCUAUUGUCCAAAAGGCUGUUCUGGUUUCUUCUUAUGUGUUUCAAAGCAUUUUAAAAGUUUGGAAGAACAUACACUGCAAAAAAAAUAUUUUCAAGAAAAAAAAAUCUUAGUGUUUUUGUCUUGUUUUCAGUAAAAAUAUCUAAAACAUUUUAAUUAAGAUGCUUUUUCUUGAUGAGCAAAAUGACAAAAGAAAAUAAGUCUAGUUUUUAGACCAAAAAUAUUUCUUGAAUUUGGUGUUUAAGAAAAAUUUUCAAGAUUUUUUGCUUACCCCACUGGCAGAUUUUUUGCUUGUUUUA